GCUGGUUGCAAGGAAAAGAUAUCAGAAGAAUGGAAGUUGCAAGUAAAGAAGAUCAUGACAUGCCUAUGCCAAUAAACACUGCUUAUGGUAAUAGUCAUGGUGCGCAUGGACACAUGAUUCAUCAUCAUCCUGCCAAUUCUACUGCUCCAAACCCACCAAUAGUCCCCUCAAAUGGUAAUGAUCUUGGCAAAAAUCCUCCUUAUCAUCAUCAUGUGGGUUACAAUAUCAUGCUCAGUAACAACAACAUCAAAAAGGAGAAGCCUCUGGUGAUCAAGUACAAGGAAUGUCUGAAGAAUCAUGCAGCUUCCAUGGGAGGCAAUGCUAUUGAUGGCUGUGGAGAGUUUAUGCCAAGUGGUGAAGAAGGUUCCAUUGAAGCUCUCACUUGCUCAGCUUGUAACUGCCAUAGAAACUUCCAUAGAAGAGAAACCGAAUGCGAAGGAAAAAACAUCUUCUCCCCUUACCACCACAACCAACUACCUCAACCUCAGAGAAAACCUAUGUUCCAUCACCACAAGAUAAUCAAAUCACCAUUACCACAGCAAAUGGUGAUGCCAAUUGGCGUUGCAACCGCGGCUGGAUCAAACUCAGAGUCAGAAGAUGGUGAAGGAAACUUUACAAUAUUCCGGCAGCUACCAACACCUCCAGCACAGUACAGUUACGGCGGACAUAAUCAGAAGAGAAGGUAUAGGACAAAGUUUAGUCAAGAGCAGAAGGAGAAGAUGCUGAGUUUUGCGGAGAGAAUUGGUUGGAAGAUGCAGAGACAGGAUGAAUCUGUUGUUCAGCAGUUUUGUCAAGAGAUUGGAGUUAGGAGAAGAGUUCUUAAAGUUUGGAUACAUAACAACAAACACAAUCUAUCCAAGAAGAGCAACAACGUUAUUAAUAAUAACAAUAAUGUCGAGCUUUCUACUGGUAAUAACGACAUCAAUAAAGCUCCUACUGAAAAUUUUGCUUUUGUUCCUUAG